AUGGUUCGCGUUAAUGUUUUGGCUGAUGCUUUAAAGUCAAUUAACAAUGCCGAACGGAGAAAGAAAAGGCAGGUCAUGAUCCGUCCCUCUUCAAAAGUCAUCGUUCGCUUCCUAAAGGUUAUGCAGCGCAAAGGCUACAUAGGUGAAUUCGAGAUUGUGGACGAUCAUCGUUCUGGCAAAAUUGUCGUGCAGUUAAAUGGACGCCUUAAUAAGUGUGGAGUGAUUAGCCCACGGUUUAAAAUGGGUGUGAGAGAUACGGAGCACUGGACUCGUAACCUCCUUCCGUCUCGUCAGUUUGGUUACAUUGUCCUUACGACAAGCGGUGGCAUGAUGGACCACGAAGAGGCAAGGAAGAAGCACUUGGGCGGUGUUAUCCUCGGGUACUUCUUUUGA